UUAGGGAAUGAUGAGAUUGGGGCAUAGAUCCGGGCCGGGUAAAGGAGAAUAUAUUUACUGUAUUUAUAAUUAUCUCUCUCCAUUUAUGCUAGAAGGGAUAAAGUCGAGUAAGCUGAGAACUGAGAUUGGAUUGAAUUGAAUUUGAAUUCAUUUUUCAUUUUUGUGUUUGGGGUCUGGGGAGAGUUUAUCGCCGACGCAGUGUCAUUUUAGCGAACAGAUAGCAGGGCCGGACUUUUUAAGACAAGUCUCAAUUUUCUUAGCAAGUGUGAAAAUGCAAAAUUUGAGGAAUGCUAUUUUGAGCUACAUGAGAGUCAGGAUCCCUGUGAAAGGGCCCUUUGUUCAAAAAGGGCUGAAUGGACGUUGUGAGUUGCUGCGAGCAUGCAGCACGGCUGCAAAUAUAAACCAGGAUCAGAUAAUGAAUCGAGUUAUUGGGCUGGUGAAGAAAUUUGACAAAAUUGAUUCUGCUAAGGUUACAGAAGAUGCUGAUUUCCAAAAGGACUUGAGCCUCGAUAGCCUGGACAGAGUGGAACUCGUCAUGGCUUUUGAGGAAGAGUUCUCUAUCGAGAUACCUGAUGUGGAGGCGGAUAAGCUCAAAUCUUGCACAGAUGUUGCAAAGUAUGUUAAAUCGAAAGUCUCUGAGACUUCUUAACUAUUUGACACAGUUACUGGAACAAUCCUUUUCUUGCUCAUGUCUUUCCUGAUUGAUACAUGGUGUUUUUUUCCCUUUGCACCUGUGGAAUGAUGACUUGAACUGAAUCUCAUAGAUUAUGUAUUUGGAUUUAGUAAUAGUUGUGUUGAUUGAAGAACCAGGUGUUUAUGUCUAUGCAAGAAUUUCCAUAAAUUUAUUCAUGUUACAAUAUAUAGCAUGAUCAA